CUGACCAAUCGUGCGCAGCGAGUGGUUUUGCUAAUCGUCGUGAUCCACCUCCUCGUGGGCUUUGGAGCCACAUUGGCAAAUGGGACUAGGGCACAUAAGAGAGACAGAACACUUAGCCAGUGACACCUUGGGGCGUUGAUGGGCGGGAUGAGGCCGCCGCCAGGUUUAGGGCGGAAGGAGUUGUUCUGGAUUAGAAGGGGAACGAAAGAUGGCGGCGGGAACGCUGCUGUCCAGUCUGUUGGGGCUGCUACUUCUGGGGCUCCUGUUUCCCGCAAGUCUGACCGGCGGUGUCGGGAGCCUGAACCUGGAGGAGCUGAGUGAGAUGCGUUAUGGGAUCGAGAUACUGCCGUUGCCUGUCAUGGGAGGGCAGAGCCAAGCUUCAGACGUGGUGAUUGUCUCCUCUAAGUACAAGCAGCGCUAUGAAUGUCGCCUGCCAGCUGGAGCUAUUCACUUCCAGCGUGAAAGGGAGGAGGAGGCACCUGCUUACCAAGGGCCUGGGAUCCCUGAGUUGUUGAGCCCAAUGAAAGAUGCGCCCUGCCUGCUGAAGACCAAGGACUGGUGGACAUAUGAAUUCUGCUAUGGACGCCACAUCCAGCAGUACCACAUGGAAGAUUCAGAGAUCAAAGGUGAAGUCCUCUAUCUCGGCUACUACCAAUCGGCCUUCGACUGGAACGAUGAAACAGCCAAGGCCUCCAAGCAGCAUCGCCUGAAACGCUACCACAGCCAGACCUAUGGCAACGGGUCCAAAUGCGACCUCAACGGGAGGCCCCGGGAGGCUGAGGUUCGGUUCCUCUGUGACGAGGGCGCUGGUAUUUCUGGGGACUACAUUGAUCGAGUGGAUGAGCCCUUGUCCUGCUCUUAUGUGCUGACCAUUCGGACUCCUCGGCUCUGCCCUCACCCUCUCCUCCGGCCCCCACCCAGUGCUGCUCCCCAGGCCAUUCUCUGCCACCCUGCCCUGCAGCCUGAGGAGUACAUGGCCUAUAUUCAGAGGCAAGCUGACUCAAAGCAGUACGGAGACAAAGCCAUAGAGGGUCGGCAAGACCUGGACCCUCAAAUAUGGAGUGAAACCAAGCCUGGGGUGAUGCCCCAAAAGAAAGCAGGCGCAAGCCUAGCCAAGGAUGACGGUAAGGAAUCAGAUUUCUGGAAGAUGCUUCACGAGCCAGAGGAACAGGCGCCAGAAACGGGGGAGGCACAGGCUGAGGAGCAGGAACCAAACCUUGAGGCAACGGAUCCAGCGCCAGGCUCCCAAGAUGAUUUUCAGAACAACGUGCAGGUCAAAGUGAUUCGGAGUCCCGCAGACUUGAUUCGAUUGAUAGAGGAGCUGAAGGGUGGAACAAGAAAGGGGAAGCCAGACGCAGGCCAAGAGCAGCCUGGAGACAGUGCUGCAGAAGUCGCUCCCCGGGGACCGGAGGUGAAGGAAAAGCGCGAUCCAGAACAUCAGAACGAGGCGGAAGAAGAGGAGGACGAUGAGGACGAAGAAGAGGAGGAGGAUGAAAGGCAGUUGCUGGGAGAAUUUGAGAAGGAACUGGAAGGGAUGCUGCUCCCGUCAGACCGAGACCGGCUCCGCGCGGAGGUGAAGGCUGGCAUGGAGCGGGAGCUGGAGAACAUCAUCCAGGAGACAGAGAAAGAGCUGGACCCAGACGGGCUGAAGAAGGAGGCGGAGCGUGAUCGGGCUGUGCUGGCCCUGACAUCCACUCUCAACAAACUCAUCAAAAGGCUGGAGGAAAAACAGAGUCCAGAGCUGAUGAAGCAGCACCGGAAAAGGAGGGUUGUCCCCCAGAAGCGUCCCCCAUCCCCCCAGCCAGCAGAGGAGGAUCCUGAGCACAGAGUCCGGGUCCGGGUCACCAAGCUCCGUCACGGAGGCCCCAAUCAGGAUCUGACUGUCCUCGAGAUGAAACGGGAAAACCCACAACUGAAACAAAUCGAGGGGCUGGUGAAAGAGCUGCUGGAGAGGGAGGGACUCACAGCCGAAGGCAAAAUUGAGAUCAAGAUUGUCCGACCGGGGACUGAAGGGACUGAGGAGGAUGCGCGCUGGCUGACUGAUGAGGACACGAAAAACCUCAAGGAGAUUUUCUUCAAUAUCUUGGUGCAGGGAGCUGAAGAGGCGCAAAAGGAGCGGCAGCGGCAGAAAGAGCUGGAGAGCAAUUACCGCCGGGUGUGGGGCUCUCGGGGCGGGGAGGGCACGGGGGACCUGGAUGAAUUUGACUUCUGAGACCACCGCCUUUGGCUCGCCACGGAGUCUAGAGUCUUCCUAGACUGGCCCUGCCUCCUUCCCCCCCAGCCCCCGGGGUCCUGAAGGCAAAGCAGCAGAGGAGAGCUGAGCUGUGAGCUGUGGACCUCGAGGCCCUCCUGGGGGCGUGGAGGCGCCUCGGGCUGAGCGCUGCUGCUACUGCUGAGAGCACCCUCAAGACCUCCUAGGCCUGUGACAUUUGCUCUCCUGGGCUUCUCCCCAUACCCUUCCUCCCGGCUUCCCCCGUGUCGUCUCCCAGCUUGUGGGUUCCUUUGCCCUCCCUACCUAGAGCGUUGUGAGAUCUUUUGAGUGGAGUAGGGCAGGGGGAGCAAGAAGGGCGGGGCGGUCAGCAGGCCCCAAGAGGCACACCCACCCCUGCCUCACACCUGUUCAGAGGGCCUUCCCCCUUCCCCCAGACUGGCUUGGGAUCUCCUGCCCCUUUCCCUUUCCACACUGUUCCCUACAAUCUGUGCUUCUGAGGAGUUGAAGCACCUUCUCUCUGUUGCUGAGAAAAUGGGAAGAAAGUUGCCCACCACCUCUAACACGAUCCCAUGGAAAGGGUAGGCUGCGAAUCCACCCACCACGUUCUAGAACAAUCAGGUUUCUAAAUAAAGAAAUGGACCAUCA